UCUUUCUGGUUGGCUACUGUCAAAUUAGGCAUUCAAACUUGGAGAUUCAAACUGAUCAAGACUUUUUCAAACCGAGCCACUUUGCGUAAUACGAAUUCCAAACAAUAACAAAGCUAACACAACACUUCUCCAUGCUAUCCGGGUUUCGUAGAAGGUGGUGCGGUUUGAUUAGCAAACCACAGCUUCAACUGAUAACAAUGGCAACAAACCAAAAUCCCAUUGAAAGUGCUAUCCGUGCGGGGCUGACGAAAGAGCUAUCGCCCGUGCAUUUGGACGUCGUCAAUGAAUCCUACAUGCACAACGUUCCCAAGGGUUCCGAAACACACUUUAAAGUUCUAGUUGUUUCGCAGCAAUUCGAAGGGCUCCCACUGAUCAAGCGUCAUCGUUUAGUGAAUGAAAUAGUGAAAACCCAGCUUGCAGGAGAUUUUGUUCAUGCGCUAUCAAUAGUGGCCAAAACGCCGGUUCAGUGGGAUGAAGCGUACAAACUAGAACCUAGUCCUAAUUGUAAAGGAGGAUUCGGAAAAUAAAGCAACAAACUUUCUUACGAAA